GAUAGCGAAAGCUUCCGGCUUUCGUUACAUGUCAUAGCUGAGAGUACCCGCUAGAGGCAGCGUCGACACAAUUUCUCGCUCUUGCGGAAUUACUUUUGAUUACCUGAUAAACUCAAAGAUGGCUGGCCGGUUAAUGAAAGCAGCGAGAUGUCCAACAGAUGAACUGUCUCUCACUAACUGUGCGGUUGCAAGUGAAAAGGACUUCAAAAGUGGACAGCAUGUAAUGAUUAAAACCACACCCACUCAGAAGUUCGUAUUCACCGUAAAAACCCACCCAAGCAUUGUACCUGGAACCAUUGCCUUCAGUCUACCUCAGAGAAAAUGGGCUGGACUCUCACUUAACCAGGAUGUAGAAGUCAGUGUUUAUAACUUUGACACAUCAAGACAGUAUGUGGGAACAGUGACGUUAGAAAUUGACUUCCUGCAAAAGAAAAACAUCGACAGCAACCCGUAUGACUCUGAUAAAAUGGCCAUUGAAUUUAUUCAGUUCUUCAAUGCGCAGGCCUUUAGCAUGGGCCAGCAGUUUGCGUUCAGUUACUGUGAUAGGCUCUUUGGGCUGGUCAUAAAAGACAUUGAGGCCAUGGAUCCCAGCAUCCUCAGGGGUGAGCAAAGCUCCAACAAAAAACAGAAGAUUGAGAUUGGUCUGUUGCAUGGCAACAGUCAGGUGAUUUUUGAAAAAGCUGAAAGCUCAUCUAUCAAUUUGAUUGGAAAAGCAAAGGCCAGGGGUUCUCGGCAGUCCAUCAUCAACCCGGACUGGAACUUUGAGCGCAUGGGCAUCGGAGGGCUGGACAAGGAGUUCUCAGCCAUCUUCCGCCGGGCCUUCGCCUCUAGAGUCUUUCCUCCAGAUAUAGUGGAGCAGAUGGGCUGUAAACAUGUAAAGGGUAUCUUGUUGUUUGGGCCGCCUGGCUGUGGUAAAACCCUUAUGGCACGUCAGAUCGGUAAGAUGCUGAAUGCCAGAGAGCCCAAGGUGGUUAACGGGCCAGAGAUCCUGAACAAAUAUGUGGGCGAGUCAGAGGCCAACAUCAGAAAGCUGUUUGCGGAUGCAGAGGAGGAACAGAAGAGGUUGGGGGCCAACAGCGGACUGCACAUAAUAAUAUUUGAUGAAAUCGAUGCCAUCUGUAAGCAACGUGGCAGCAUGGCGGGAAGCACAGGGGUCCAUGACACUGUAGUCAACCAGCUCCUGUCCAAGAUCGAUGGUGUGGAGCAGCUUAACAACAUCUUGGUUAUUGGAAUGACCAACAGACCUGACCUGAUCGACGAAGCUCUCUUGAGGCCGGGUAGGCUGGAGGUCAAAAUGGAGAUCGGCCUGCCUGAUGAGACGGGCCGCCUUCAGAUCCUCAAUAUCCACACAGCGAAGAUGAGACAGUCAAACAUGUUAGGCAAAGAUGUCAUCAUCAAUGAGCUGGCUGUGGAGACCAAGAACUUCAGCGGAGCUGAGCUUGAAGGUCUUGUUCGGGCUGCCCAGUCAACUGCUAUGAACCGUCAUAUCAAGGCCAGCGCUCAGGUGGAGGUAGACACAGAAAAAGCUCAGACUCUUCAGAUCACCAGAAGUGACUUCUUGGCAUCCCUGAACAAUGAUAUUAAGCCUGCUUUUGGAACUAAUCAGGAGGAUUACUGCAGUUACAUCAUGAACGGCAUUGUGAAGUGGAGCAAUGGUGUGUCUGACAUACUGGGUGAUGGAGAACUUCUGGUGCAGCAGACGAAGAACAGUGAACGCACACCACUUGUAACUGUGCUGUUGGAAGGCCCUCCACACAGCGGUAAGACCGCACUGGCGGCCAAGAUAGCAGAAGACUCAGAGUUCCCCUUCAUCAAGAUCUGCUCUCCAGACAAAAUGAUUGGAUUUUCUGAGAACGCCAAGUGUCAAGCCAUCAAAAAGAUAUUUGAAGAUGCCUACAAGUCCCAGCUGAGCUGUGUGUUGGUGGACGACAUAGAGCGACUGUUGGAUUUUGUUCCUAUCGGUCCACGGUUCUCUAACCUGGUGCUGCAGGCUCUGCUGGUGUUAUUGAAGAAACCUCCUCCUCGGGGUCGUAAGUUGCUGAUUAUUGGCACGACCAGCAGGAAAGAUGUCCUGCAGGAGAUGGGAAUGUUGGACACUUUCAGCACUACCAUCCACAUCCCCAACAUCUCUAGUGGAGAACAUCUCAUGGAGGCUCUGGAGCUUCUCGGCGGCUUUCAGGACAAGGAACGAGCAACUAUCGCAGGAGUGGUGAAAGGAAAGGCUGUGUGGUUGGGCAUUAAAAAGCUUCAGAUGCUCAUCGAGAUGUCACUGCAGAUGCCUCUUGAAUACAGAGUUAACAAGUUUUUGGCGCUACUGAGAGAAGAAGGAGCAUUUGGCUCUGAUAAAUACGUGGCCAUGUAGUCCCGCAGUGCGGGAGGAUUGCCUGAACCAGGGAAAUUAUGUAACUCUUUCAAAGAAGUCUGGACAACAAUGUGUGCACUUGAGAGACUGAAUGCAUAAACCUGCCUUGAUUGUGUCCUGCAUGUUUUUAUUACAACUGAGUAGUACUGUUCAACACUAGUCCUAUAAUACUUUAGUAAAAAUGAAUAAGUGUAUAAGAUCUCAUGUUUGUACGGUGUCUUAGGUUUAUCUAUUUUGUUUAUCGGAUUCCUAUUUGUAAAAGUGGAUGUGUGUAAAAAAGAGUACAUGGAUGUACAUGAAGACCUAAACGGUGUUUAUGUACGUAUGAUAUUUAUAUAAUUUUACAUAAACCAUUCCUGUAAAAAAAGCCUUAGUCCUUAAAUCUUUUAAAUAGCCCAUACUGAGGCCUGUGUCUAUAUAUUUUUUAUGAUUCAUACUGACUUUUGCUUCUUUGUCAUUAUUGACUUAUUAUUUUAAGAACUGAUCUGCCUGUCACUGAUAAUAAUAAUAACAUAAUAAUGGUUUUAUGGUUUCUGA